AUGGCCAAUUUUGAGAGGCCAACUGAGGGAAUGAAGAAUCAUUUGAAACCCCUCUUUAUUCAGGCCAAAGUAAACAAUGUGGGGGUCAACAAAGUGCUGAUUGAUGGAGGAGCAGCAGUAAAUCUGAUGCCAGAGUUCAUGAUUACCAAGAUUGGUAAGUUUUCUACUGACUUGCACCCUCACAACAUCGUUCCUUCGAAUUACGAAGGUGAGACUGGUUUUUCACUGGGGGCAAUUCAAGUCGACGUAGCGGUUGGCAGCACUGUCAGGCCAACUUUGUUUUUGGUUGUGGCAUCGAUUGCCAAUUACAAUCUGCUUCUAGGAAGGGAGUGGAUACAUGGUGUAGGAGCAGUGCCUUCGACUCUCCAUCAGAGGGUGAGUAUUUAG